AUGCUUGUCCCAUAUCUCCUUCCAUUCCUUGCCGCCGCCACCUUUGCUGCCCCUCUGGAGGAGCGUGCAUCCAAUCAGGCCCAGAAGAUACCACUGGGCGUUCUCAAGUCCAUCGGGUACAGGUCUCCACAGACCGUCGAGACCGUCGCUGCCGCUACCUCCGGAUCUGUUCUCGCUGGCCCAACGGCCUGCACAACGGACUGCAACUCCACACUGUCGUUUGCCGGCGCACAGGCUGCCACGUACCAGGUUGGAAACCAGCUCCCUGGCAUCCCAUUCAAGACAAGGACGUCAUGGGCUGGCGAAGUCCCGCUGAACCCUGUCGCAGGGGCGAGCCUCGACAGCUACUUCUUCUGGAUGUUCGGCUAUGAGGGUGGCGAUGCCAAGACUCCUUCCGAUUCGAUCGUUUUCUGGAUCCAAGGCGGUCCAGGGUGUGACAGCUUGAGUGGCCUCCUUCAGGAGGUUGGUCCGAUCACGUAUAACUACAAAGGCGACACACCCACGCCGAACAAUUACUCAUGGACUCUCGCGGCCGACAUGGUCUUCCCAGAACAGCCAUUGGGUGUCGGAUUCGACAACGGCAUCCCGACGGCGUACGACGAGAACGAUGUCGGAGUGGCCUUCGGUGCCUUCCUCGACAGUUUCUUCAGCAUAUUCCCUGAACUGAAGGCCAAGAAACUGUACAUUGCUGCAGAGUCCUACGGCGGGCGGUACGGACCGUACAUCUCCAACUACCUGAUCGAUCAGGGGUCCAAGUACAACUUCCAUGGUCUGCUAGUCGUCGACGGUGUCGUCACGGACAUCCUCUUGCAAGAGGACGUCGUGACGUACCAGUUCGUGGAGGCCAACAAGGAGAUUCUCAAGUUCACCGACGCGGACGUCGAGACGAUCCGCAAGGACGCAGAAUCGUGUGGCUACAUCGACUACGUCAACGACAACCUCAAAUACCCACCCAAAGGCAAGCUCCCGCCAUACAACGAGGAUGGCUGCAACACCUUCAACGAUUACUACAACAUUGCAUCGUCAAAAAACCCCGCGUUCAACAUCUACAAGGUGGAUGAUACAGCGCACCCUCCCAACGUGCUUGGAGACGCCAAUUCGCCCACGCAGUUCCUCAACCGCACCUUCUAUGACAACUACGACCUGCAGAACUAUAUCCACGCGCCGCACAAGAAGUGGAACGUUUGCAACCAGGGCGUCUUCCCGAAUGGUGACCACAGCCCUGCGCCGGACACCAACGGUGUGCUGCAGAAGGUGAUCGAGAAGUCGCCGGCGCAGCGCACGGUCAUCAUCAAUGGCCAGAAGGACGGGCUGAUCAUCUCUAACGGCACGAGUCUGGCGCUGCAGAAUCUCACUUGGAACGGCGGACAGGGAUUCUCCAAGUCGCCAUUUGCGACAACGCUGAUCAACAGCGAUGGCGAUGCCAGCGGCUGGUACACCAAGGAGCGCGGCUUGUUGUACGCGCUCGUCGAGAAGGCUGGCCACGAGGUGCCAGAGUAUGACCCGCCGGCCGGGUUCAAAUUGGUCCAGUACCUGCUUGGACAGACUACCCUCUAA